UUUCCGCGCUGUUGCUGGUGGCGGCGGCCAGUAAAGGGUGAGCGCGCGGUAUGGGCCAGCACUCAUUCUUUCCGAUGACUUCAGGCAGCCGGAUCGGACGAGCUCGGCAGGACUAUUUUGCACGUCUUUCACUCGCUCACACGGUCCUCGGAAGGUUUACGUGCAAGCAAGGACGGACAUUUCGUUUCGAUAAUAAGAGUUUCGAGAUGUUCUGCGGAUUAAUGUGGAGUUGGACCUGGCUCUUGCUGGGCUUCUGUGCGUGGGCCUCCCGUGAAGACGUCUCUGUAGAUGAGGACAACUGGACCAAUGACGAGUGGGGUUCCGGUUUCUCCCCUGUAUACCGCUUCCUCGCUGACAGCCCCCCUGAAGCAGCAGCGGUAGGGCAGAGUCCCCUGGGGUCCAUGAACUGCACUCAGCGCUUCUGGUUGCCUUCGUCCACGCCGGGAAUCUGUUGGGAGAACGUAGCCAGGCCCGAGGAGCUGGGCCGCUCCCGCCUGCUGGCGUUGCAGAACCGGGCUGCCCUGGAGGAUGUGAUGAUCUCUUGCCGCGUGGAGAAAGGGGGACUCUCCUACCAGCGGCAGGCCAGAGACGAGGUGGACGGGGUGCUCUCGGACCACCGCAGUGUGGCGGAGGCCCUGGACACAAUGGAGAAGGUCUUCGUCUCCCUGGAGGAGAAGAGGAAAGACGGCAAAGACGGAGGACUUCUCACCAGUGUCAAGGAGCAGCUGGCCCAGGCGAGGGAGUCGGCGUUCGCCCGCCAGCUCCUAGCAUCCUCCCUGGAGAGGCACUUGUCCAGCCUGGAGGAGAAUCUCAUGCACAUGCAGCUCAGACUCCACAGGCUGGCCAGUGACCACGAGAACAAGAUUGGGCUUGCACUUUUUGAGAGACAUCAGCUGGGUUCAUAAAAGGAUGCUCAAGGAUGGUUCAGAAGUUGAAAAUAUGUAUUUCAUGGUAAACUGUGCAAGGAUGAAGGGUUGCUAUUAAAUAAAACGUCUCAACCACCAAACAGAACGAAAUUGAAUCGACUCAUGAUUGAGGCGCUCACAUGGUGAUCUAAAACCAUUUAAUGAAAUGAUUUAAUUCAGUUAAUUCAGCUACAGCCCUUUUUGUUCACUUACUACAUGUGGAAAAAUAGUCUUAAACAACAAAUGUCAAGUAUUUCAGCUCUCGCGUGACACGAUUUUCUUUUUUUUUUUAAAUGCAACACGACAGGCCUGCUAUGUUUGCUUUUAAGAUCAUGCCGCAAUGCAGUGUCCGUUACAGUUUGGAAGGUCACAGCCAUGAUAGUUAUUGAAUUUCCCAACUGCAUACAUUUCAUACCAGAUGAUCAGUGUCCAGCGCUAGCUUCCUGUGAGCAUCCAUGUACUAAAUUCACAUGAUACGGAAUCGCCUUUGAAGGCACCAUCGCCAAGUCAACAUGACUCCUAUCACUGUUUUGGGGGGUUAAAAGUUCAGCAAUCACAUCUGCCCCAAACAUGACGCCCAUUUCGUUUUACAAGUCAGCUGAUUCUUCUUCCUCUUCUCGCACUUGCUCCAAAGACUUGAGGUAGUCACCAGCCAAGAUCUUCUUAGGGAGGAUAUCUGCAGAGGGGAGAACAUAGAUCUUGCUACAAGAGAUUGAACUUUGAACUUUGAACAAUUCUUUUGAGAGGCUUCAUGUGAGCCGGGAGUGUCACCUGUUAGAAACUGGAAAGUUUCUAUCUCCUCUGCGGCAUUGGCGAGGUCACUGUAGGACAAACUCUUGCUUUCCCUCCCUUGGCCGUUGCUGAAUGACGAUAGCGCCAAAUGUUGGACAAA